GAACGCUCUUUCCUGUAUCUUCUAGGUUCCCGGGUGGAUUCCUCCUACCUUUUUUUUACCCCCCCUCCCCAAGAAGUCCAUCUUCUUCGCUAUACACCAAUUAAGAUUUCACUUUCAUUAUAUUACCUAACUAAUAAUGGGAGUUCAUGGGCUUUGGAAGUUACUGGAAUGCUCAGGAAGACCUAUAAACCCAGAAACAUUGGAAGGAAAAAUUCUUGCUGUUGAUAUUAGCAUUUGGUUGAAUCAAGCUAUUAAAGGAGCAAGAGACCGUCAUGGGAACUCCAUCCAUAAUGCUCAUCUCCUCAUAUUGUUUCACCGACUUUGCAAACUGCUCUUCUUUCGGAUCCGCCCCAUUUUUGUUUUUGAUGGAGAAGCUCCUCUACUGAAGAGGCAAACUUUGGCUAAACGAAAGCAGCAAAAAGAAGCUGCAGUCACAGAUUCGAAGAAAACUAAGGAGAAGCUUUUGAAAACCUUCCUGAAACGACAAGCGAUCAAGGCUGCUUUAGCAGGCAAGAGCAAUGCUGAAUUUCCUAGUCUUGCAGAGGUGAGAAGAGAAGAGGUGGAUGACAUUUAUGUGCUCCCUGCCUUACAAGAUGAUAAAAAAAAUAGCUCGGAAGAGGAAGACGAAAAAGAGUGGGAAGAAAGGAUGACUCAGAAGAAAAUAUUGCAAGAAGAAUUGCUUGAAAACCCUCGUUCUGUUGAUGUUGAAUCAGACGAUUUCUUGAGCUUGCCUCCUGAAAUUAAACACGAGAUCCUGACUGACAUGAAGGAAUUCACUAAACGAAGAAGAACAUUAUUUGAAGCCAUGCCUGAGGAAUCCAGUGACUUCUCCCAGUAUCAGCUCAAGGGUCUGCUUAAGAAAAGCAGCUUAAAUCGACAUAUAGAAAAAGUGCAGAAGGAGAUGAAUGAGCAACAUUCUGGCCAAAUCCAGCACCAGUAUGAAGAAGAUGGGGGUUUCUUGAAAGAAUUGGAAACCAGAAGGGUUGUAUCUGAAGAUAGCUCUCAUUACAUCCUAUUAAAAGGUACCCAGUCCAAAGGAAAUACUUCCAGUUAUGUGACAUCUGCAAUCCAUUCUUCUGCAAUGUCGAAAGAUUUAAAACCUAGCAAAAACAUAAACAACAUGCCAGUGAAGCCAGUCUCAUGUGACCUUUCAAUGGAAACAACCAGUAGCACUUGUGCAACACCCCCUUCUCCCAGAACGAUGCUUGCUAUCCAGGCUGCUAUGUUGGGAAGCGGUUCAGAAGAUGAGUUGGAAGAUGAAAACAAGAACCACCCUAAUUUAGACAAGUGUGAGACCACGGCCAGUGUAGACAGUGGUAAUAUGUCUCCACGAACAAUCAAGGCUAUUCAGGAGGCAUUAUGCGAGGAGGAGGAGGAGGAGGAGAUUAUUACAGCACCAUUUAUCAACAGGACUAAUAUUACUCAAGGGGAAAGAAUGUCCAUAAAGGACCAUUUUGCUAGCAGUUCAGAUGAAGAAGAAGCAGUUCCUGAAGAUCAGAAUGACAAACAACUUUUACCAGUACAGAAAUUGGAAAGUAGAAAUGUUAAAAAAAGCCCAUGCACUCCUGUUGUUCAGAAAAGACUUUUGUCUGGGGCAGAAAAUGAAGAAAAAAGUGUGGAAACUGGUAUUUCUCAAACAGAUACAAGUCCCGGACAAUGUCAGAGUCCAAACAGCAGCAUAAAGCAGCCAGAAAUGUCUUUGUCUCCAAUUCCAUCAGUUGGCUCAAGCCAUUCAGGUUUUGCAGAGUUAGCCCAAACUGGAAAACUUCCAUGUUUAAAGGAAUCGGCUAGCUAUUCAGAAAAAAGCACAUCCCUUACACAGAAUGAAUCUUCGUUUGCUUUUGAUAUCCCUAAACUUGAAGAGAGUGUGGAACAUCAAUCACGGUCUGAAGAAAGUGAUUCUGAUGGUAGUUUCAUUGAAGUAGAGACUGAACCAAGUGGUGAACAAGAUCUAGCAUCUGAGACAUCACUGGUCUCCACUGAAGACGAGGUUGGAGUGGUGUCUGAAGCUUCAUUGGAAAUGAGAGAAGAAAGUGAGGAUGCUACAGAGAAUAAAUCAGAAAAGGGUGAAGAUGCAGAGCUUGCUAUGCAACAAAACGCUGGAAUGGAAAGCACAGAGAAAGCUGAAAUUAAUGAAUGGCAGAAUAUUAGUAUGGAGGAUUUGGAGGUCUUGGAAACCAACCUGUCUGUGGAACAAACAGCACUUCAAGCUCAGAAACAGCAGCAGGAACGUACAGCUGCCACCGUGACAGGACAGAUGUUUUUGGAGAGUCAGGAACUUCUGCGCCUCUUUGGCAUUCCAUACAUUGAGGCUCCAAUGGAAGCAGAAGCUCAGUGUGCUGUCUUGGAUCUUACUGAUCAAACUUCUGGGACAAUCACAGAUGACAGUGAUAUUUGGUUGUUUGGAGGACGUCAUGUGUACAAAAACUUCUUCAAUCAAAGCAAGUACGUCGAAUAUUAUCAGUUUGUGGACUUCCAAAAUCAGCUAGGCUUGGAUCGAAACAAGUUGAUUAAUCUGGCCUAUCUCCUGGGCAGCGACUACACCGAGGGUAUCCCUAAUGUUGGCUAUGUAACUGCGAUGGAGAUUUUGAAUGAAUUCCCUGGACGAGGAUUAGAGCCUCUCUUGAAACUCCUGGAAUGGUGGACUGAGGCUCAAAAGAAUAAGAAAAUACGUCCCAAUCCAUAUGAUACUAAAGUGAAGAAAAAACUGCGACACAUAGAAAUUGAUGCUGGUUUCCCAAAUCUUUCUGUGGCGGAAGCUUAUCUGCACCCUGUGGUGGAUGAGUCAAAGGCAUCCUUUGCUUGGGGAAGACCUAAUGUGGAAGAAAUUAGAGAUUUGCCAAAGUCAUUUCGGAUGGACUAAGUUAAAAACUGACGAAGUUCUCUUUCCUGUUCUCAAACAACUGAAUAUUCAACAG